AUGAUCCAGGUACAUACAAAGAAGCGAAACCGACUUGAUGUAAGUCGAAUGAACAGUCUUGUGUAUGUUCAGUUCAAUGCAAAGUUGAUGAGCCAAAGGAAAAAUCGAGAAGAGAAAAAUAUUGACAUGUUGCUUGCGGAUCAUGCUACUAACCCUCAAUCAUGGAUAGUUGAUGGGAUUUUUGAUGAUGAAAGAGACUCCGAGUCUAGUUUACAAGGUGAUAUUGGUGAAGAAGAAUCUCAUAUGGAUGAAGUUAGAGAGUUAGAUGAAGAAGAAUUCAUAUCGGAUGAUGAAGAAGAAGAACAUAUCGAUUAUGAGUCUGAUGGUAACUUGGUUCUUGAAGUAGAUGGGGAAGAAGAAUACGAAGAUUAG